UAUUGAAAAUGUUUUAAGAGCUUCAGUUCUACAAAAAUAUUAUAAGAAUGAUAACGGAAUAAAGAUUUUAUAAAAAAAAUAUAAAAUUUAUUAAAAUAAGAAAUUUCGACACCAGAGCCGAAAGCCCUUUUAAUAGCUAUUUAGUGAUUUUUUUUAAAUAAUUAAUUUUGAACGGCAUAACAAUUAAAUUUUAAAAAUAAUAAUGGAUAAAAGAAACCAACUCACACUUGGCACAAUUUGUGAUGGUGAAAUUGAAAUAUCCUUGCUAAGAGAAGAUGAUGUUGAAGAAGCACUUGAGGUUCUUAAGAAAUCAUUUUUCAUUAAUGAAAAUCUUUGUAUUGCAACUGAUGUUAAUAAACCAGAAAAUGAAAAUGCAAUUGAUGAAUUAACAGAAUUGGCAAAGCAAAUAACAAAAGAUGGUAUAUCUGUUAUAGCAAGACACAUUCCUUCAAAUAAAAUUGCUGGUGUUGCUUUAAAUAAAAUUCAUAAAUUUUGUCCUGACAAGAAAUCUACACAAGGUGAAUUUUUAGAAAAUUUCUUAGAUUCAACAUGUAAAACAGAAAAUGUUAAAUGUAUAACAAAAUCUUUAGAAACUAUGGAAGAAAAAUUUAAUAUAUUCAUUGAAUGGGAUAUUGAUUGUAUUGUAGAACAUUUUAUGUUAUCAGUUUUAACAGAAUUUGGAAAACGUAAUAUUGGUUAUAAUCUUUCAUUAUACAGUAUACAAUUAGCUAUGGAAUUAAAUCAAAAUACUGAAAGUAUAAUACGUGAAUUUUUACCAAUACAUUUACAAAAUUGUCAUCCUAAAGCAAUUUAUGCAAUUUUUACAUCAAAAUAUUCACAUAAAAUUGGACAACGUCUUGGAUUUGAAGAUUUAGCAAUUGUACCAUAUACAGAAUUUUUUUAUAAAGGACAAAAAUUUUCUGAUAAAUUAGAUCCAAUUCAUGAAAAUUGUAUACUAGGUGCAAAAAAAUUUUAAUUUCUUAUAUUAGUUGUACAAUUAUUAUAAUAUUUAUAAGAGUAUUAAAAAAUAUAUUCAAAGUUAU